GCCCCUGCCGGCUCCCCCCGGCAAAAGUUGGAGUCUUCGCUUGCUAGUUGCCAGCGGAGUCGCGCGCCGAGAGCUAGACGGCGCAGAAAGUCAUGGCUUCUCCGGCCAAAGGCAGUGACUUGUUUUCGUCAGAUGAGGAGGGCCCCGCGGUGCUGGCCGGCCCGGGCCCCGGGCCUGGAGGUGCGGAGGGUAUCGCGGAGGAGCGCAGGGUCAAGGUCUCCAGCCUACCCUUCAGCGUGGAGGCGCUCAUGUCCGACAAGAAGCCGCCCAAGGAGUCGCCCGCGGUGCCACCCGACUGCGCAUCGGCUGGCGCUGCCCUGCGGCCGCUGCUGCUGCCGGGACACGGCGUCCGGGACGCGCACAGUCCCGGGCCUCUCGUCAAGCCCUUCGAGACCGCCUCGGUCAAGUCGGAAAAUUCCGAAGAUGGAGCGGCAUGGAUACAGGAGCCCGGCCGAUACUCCCCGCCGCCCAGACAUAUGAGCCCUACAGCCUGCACCCUGAGGAAACACAAGACCAACAGGAAGCCACGCACACCCUUCACCACAUCCCAGCUUCUAGCCCUGGAGCGCAAGUUCCGCCAGAAACAGUACCUCUCCAUUGCAGAGCGGGCUGAGUUCUCCAGCUCUCUGAACCUUACAGAAACCCAGGUCAAAAUCUGGUUCCAGAACCGAAGGGCUAAGGCAAAGAGACUGCAGGAGGCGGAACUGGAAAAGCUGAAAAUGGCUGCCAAACCUAUGCUGCCCUCAGGCUUCAGUCUGCCUUUCCCUAUCAACUCACCUCUGCAAGCAGCAUCCAUUUAUGGAGCAUCUUACCCAUUCCAUAGACCUGUGCUUCCCAUCCCACCUGUUGGACUCUAUGCCACGCCUGUUGGAUAUGGCAUGUACCAUCUUUCCUAAAGAAGACCAAAUGUACA